UGGUCACCUACUCUGGCUACCCUCACAGCUAGGCAUCAUCUUGCAACCGCAAUCGGACAGGAGUAUCUCUCGGCCAUGUCCACCCCCAUACCCCCGGGACCUGCGGGACGCGAGGUCAAGCUCGCCUACCCCAUUCCCAAGAUCAGCAAGACCACCCUGAUAAACACCUCGGCCCUUUUGAGGUUCACCAUCCUCACCGUCAUCUCAGCAGCUGCAAUCGCUAGCAGGUUGUUCGCCGUCGUUAGGCACGAGAGUAUCAUCCACGAGUUCGACCCGUGGUUCAAUUAUCGGGCUAGCAAGGUCCUCGUCAACGAGGGGUUCUACGAAUUCUGGAACUGGUUCGAUCCGACAGCAUGGUACCCCCUUGGUCGAGUUGUCGGCGGUACGAUCUACCCGGGUCUCAUGGUCACCUCUGGUAUCAUCUACAACGUCCUCCACUAUCUCAACUUCCCCGUCGACAUAAGGAACGUCUGCGUCAUGCUCGCUCCCGCUUUCGCAGGGUUGACGGCCUGGGCGACGUACCUGUUUACUUGUGAGAUGGCGGAUGAGAGUACGGGAUUGUUGGCAGCCGCUUUCAUGGGGAUCGUACCGGGCUACAUCUCGCGAUCCGUCGCCGGUUCCUACGACAACGAAGCCAUCGCCAUCUUCCUCCUCAUGUUCACCUUCUACCUCUGGAUCCGCGCCGCAAAGACCGGUUCUGCCUUCUACUCGACGCUCUCGGCCAUCUUUUACGGAUGGAUGGUAGCCGCCUGGGGAGGAUACGUCUUUAUCACCAACAUGGUCCCCCUGCACGUCUUUGUGCUUGUCCUGAUGGGGAGGUUCAGUAACCGGAUCUAUACGGCGUAUUCGAGUUGGUAUGUGAUCGGGACGUUGGCCAGUAUGCAAGUGCCCUUUGUCGGGUUCUUGCCGGUCAGGACAAGUGAACACAUGGCCGCACUCGGCGUCUUUGGUCUGCUCCAACUGGUCGCCUUCGUAGGGAUCGUCCGUCGACUCGUCCCCGACAAGCAGUUCCAAUCGCUCUUGAAGACGUUCGUCGUUCUCGCCUUUACGGUAGCGCUGGCGGUGUUGGUCUUGUUGACGACGAGCGGGUGGAUCGCACCUUGGACCGGGAGGUUUUACUCGUUGUGGGAUACCGGUUACGCCAAGAUUCACAUUCCCAUUAUCGCCUCCGUUUCGGAACAUCAACCCACCGCCUGGCCUUCCUUCUUCUUCGACCUCGAGAUGCUCAUCUUCCUCUUCCCCGCCGGAGUCUUCCUCUGCUUCCGGGAACUCCGCGACGAGCACCUCUUUAUCAUCAUCUACGCCGUCCUCAGCUCGUAUUUCGCCGGGGUCAUGGUCAGGUUGAUGUUGGUCAUCACCCCUGUCGUCUGUGUAUCCGCGGCCAUGGCGUUCUCGACCUUGUUGAAGACGUAUAUGGACCCGGUCGUUCCUUCCAUCGAUAUGGAUACCGAUCGGGACUCGGUGAUAAUCGAUGAAAAGGGGGAGAAGAAGACCCCUCGAGCUUAUGCGGAAAAGGUCAAAGCGUCUAAACCGGGAAUUUACGGCUUGGAUACUCGUCUGGCCGUUCUUACCCCGCUCGUCUGCUCUCUGGUCAUGUUCGUCUACCACUGUACCUGGGUCACCUCCAACGCCUAUUCGUCGCCCUCGGUCGUACUCGCCUCGAGGAACGCGGAUGGCAGUCCGGCCGUGAUCGACGACUUCAGAUCGGCUUACAAGUGGUUGAGGGAGAAUACGGAGGAGGAUGCGGUCAUCGCUUCGUGGUGGGAUUAUGGGUACCAAAUCGCUGGAUUUAGCAACAGGACAACUUUGGUCGAUAACAAUACCUGGAACAACACCCAUAUCGCGACGGUCGGAAAGAUCAUGGCUACCGAUGAAGCGACCGCCUACCCUAUCUUGAGGAAGCACGACGUCGACUACCUCUUGGUGAUCUUUGGUGGUCUCAUCGGGUACUCUGGUGACGACAUCAAUAAGUUCUUGUGGAUGGUCAGGAUCUCUCAGGGGAUCUGGCCGGACGAGAUCCAGGAACCGAAUUACUUUACUCCUCGAGGAGAGUACAAGAUGGAUGCUUCAGCUUCGCCCACGAUGAAGAACAGCUUGAUGUACAAGAUGUCAUACUACCGAUUCCCCGAUCUGUUUGGAGGUGGACAAGCGGUCGACCGGGUUCGACAGCAGGUGAUUCCCAAUACUCCGAUCGAGUUGAAUGUUAUCGAGGAAGCGUUCACGUCGGAAAAUUGGAUCGUCCGAAUCUUCGCCGUCAAGAAGGAAGACGACAUCGGCCGUGGACUGCCCGAGUCGACCGCUUUCGCCAAGGGCACCAAGCUCAAGAAGAGCAAGUCUGCUAAAGUUGGCGGUGCCAAGAAGAAGGGAUCGCAAAAGGCAUAGAUGCUGUAAUCGUAGGAUGUUGCUAUAUUCAUACAUGCGGACAUUCGUGGUCGCGGCUCGAGUCGGUCGAGCGGUUGCCACGGAGAUGCGAUCUUCUUCCACCGUCCUGACUUUGACUAUGUGU